AUGUUGCCCGAGUUCUACAUGCCGAUUGCCAAGGGCGGCCUGCUGCCUGGGAAUCUGCACUUCUAUCGAAUCCAUGCUCGCCGCGGGGAUUUGCAGGACGAGGAGAGCAAGGAUGUCAAGGAGGAGCGAGAUCAGGUCAUUGUCACCGACACCUUGGACCUCGCGCAGGGCAGCGGCCACUACUGUCGGCUGACGCUGGACAGCUUGGGCAAAGUGGACUCCAUUACGUACCUGGGCGGCGAGGCGCUGCAAGUGGAGAGCUUGUGGAGCUUGGUGGGGCUCAGCGAGACCUUCCUGAACCACCUCUACCAGAGAUGGAGGGAUCAAGACAUCCCGGACAUCGUGGAGUUCCUGGCCGACGAAUGGGCCACCGCCUUGUUCCACGACCGCUUCAUGGACUUCUGCCACGAAAUCAAGCUGGAGAUGUUGGGCUCCGACGAGGUGAAGCAGAUCAUUAACUCUGCCCUCGAGAAUGUGAAUGUCAAGGAGGGUCUGUCCAGGACUCUCCUGGCCGAGAUUCGCCAACAGCUUCCCAAGGACAGCGUGAAGGCGAUCCAGGAUCACCUGCUCGAGUACCUGCAAGAAAACACGAAUCACCUGAAGACCUACUUCCAAGCGUGGCAGUGGGAGGACUCCGGGCGAAAAUGA